AACGAAGGACCAUUCAGCUGUCUGUCUGGGCUUCACGGAGUGACUGCCGGACCAAUGAGCUGUCUGUCUGGCUGCACCUAGGGGGUGAGCGUCUGCCUAGGCCCAAUCAGCGGCUCAGUGCUGCCUGCCGGUGCCGGGAACUGGUGGUAAGGAGCCGCUGCAGCGUCAGGAUCGGACCGUGAACCCGGAGACGGUACACAUUGAGGCGAAAAGGAGACACAGGAUGGAGCGGAUGUCUGAGGAGGCGCUAAGGCUCAACCUGCUAAAGCGAGGCCUGGAGUCACCCAGCGAGCGAGAGGAGGCGCUGGCCAAGCGCCUUAAAAUGGAGGGCCACGAGGCCAUGGAGCGCCUGAAGAUGCUGGCGCUUCUUAAACGCAAGGACCUAGCUGACCUGGCAGCCCUUGAGGUUGCAGGGCCCCUGGGAGACGGAAAGGGUCCCGGAGCCAGCAGCCUCCACCACCAGAGCCUAAUGGGGGCUGCUUAUGAGGAGAAACUGAAUGGGAGUCUGAGGCUGGGAGGCCACGGCAGCCAUAUUGGACCCAGUAAGAAUGGGAAGGAAAACAUCAUGGAUGAGCCGGUGGAUAUGAGCGCUGGGAGAAGAUGUGAUGCGGACCAUGACAGACGAACUCCGUCUCCAGAUGUUAUCAUCCUGUCAGACAACGAGGCAUCCAGUCCCAGAACAACUCCUCGCCCUGAGGAACGCCUGCACCAGGCCAACCUGGACAUGUUUAAGGGGAAGACGGGAGAAGAGAGGCAGCAGAUGAUCAAAGCUCUGAGAGAGGAGCUGCGUCUGGAGGAGGCGCGGCUGGUCCUGCUCAAGAAGCUUCGACAGAGUCAGAUGCAGAAGGAGAAUGUGGUGCAGAAGGUCCCCGUGGUUCAGAACGCUGCAUCCUCUGUGCAGCCUCCUCCUAUCCACAACUCUCCUGGCCUGGGCAAGCUGCCUGUUAGGCCGGGCCUGCACAACCCUGAGCCCCAGAACCUACGCAAUGCACAGGGUCAUACAGUCAUCAGGUCAGCAGCCAAUGCCAGCCUGCCCCCCAUGCUUAUGUCACAGCGAGUAAUAGCCCCUAAUCCUUCCCAGCUGCAGGGCCAGAGGGUUUCCUCUAAGACUGGGAUGUCUCGCUCCAGCUCCAGCAGCAUGGCCAAUGCCGUGAGCUACCAGCAGGUACAUGUGUUGAAGCAGCAGCGCUGUAUGGGUUUGACCAAUCAGCAACAGUCAUCCCUGCAAACCCCACCCCGAAAAUUCCUGUAUUUUCAGAAAGUACUACCCCACGAGCCAGACGUGGACUGGGCCAAAAAUUGGCCCUGGCAUUUUGGCCCAGACCGGCCAACCACAAUCGAUCACACAAAUGCCAGCCAGCAGGUGGCAGCUUCCCAGCGCUCAGGUUCGAGUGCCAUGUACAUGAACCUGGCCCACAUGCAAGCAGCAGGGGCCGGUGGGGUGGCAGGUGGACUGGGCGGAGCUUCGGCUGUCAGCCCGUCCACCAUGUCCAGCUCGGCUGGCGGAGGGGUGAGCUCCAUGGCCGACCAGGCCAGCAGCCAGGCGGCGGCUAAGCUGGCCCUGAGAAAGCAGCUGGAGAAAACCCUGCUGGAGAUCCCUCCACCCAAACCCCCCGCCCCACUCCUCCACUUUCUGCCCUCUGCCGCCAACAGCGAGUUCAUCUACAUGGUGGGCCUGGAGGAGGUGGUUCAGAGUGUGCUCGACAGUCAGGGUAAACUCAGAGGGCCGCUGGGCCGCAUGGAGCCUUUCUUUUGCGCCCAAUGCAGAACCGACUUCACCCCCCACUGGAAGCAAGAGAAGAGCGGGCGAAUUCUCUGUGAGCAAUGCAUGACUUCCAAUCAGAAGAAAGCUCUGAAGGCAGAGCACACCAACAGGCUGAAGAACGCCUUUGUGAAGGCCCUGCAGCAGGAGCAGGAGAUUGAACAGAGGCUGCAGCAGCAGGCGGCCCUCUCCCCCAGCUCGGCCCCAACCGGCCCAAACGCCUCCAAGACUGACUCCAUGAUCCGACAUCAUGCACUCCGUCAGGCUCCCCAGCCUCAGGCCUCCCUGCAGCGAGGUCUGUCCAACUCAGCGCGAGGUGUCCUGUCCAACUUUGCCCAGGCCUCCCAGCUGUCAGUGGCCAGCAGCCUCAUGGGAAUGACUAGUGCCAAGCACUGUGGCAGCGGUGGAAGCAGCAGCAGCAGUAGCAGCAAUAGACUGCAACAUGACAGCCGUCGCCAGAUCUACAACAUCCCAGGGUUAAAUAUUGCCUAUCUGAACCCAGCGGCAGUUGGAGCCCAUAAGAGCUCCAGCUUAGCAGACCGGCAGAGAGAGUACCUGUUGGACAUGAUUCCGCCUCGAUCCAUAUCGCAGUCCAUCACCGGACAGAAAUGAGCCCUGCCCAGCUUCCCUGUUCCUCAGACCCCCCUCCCAUCCUGCCAACCCCUCCCCAUACUAAAGCACUCCUAGAUUGAACCACAUCCCCACCCCAUACCCCCAUCGCAUGCAGUGCCUGUCCGUGUGCCUACCUUAAACCAACCCAUGAAAACCCACCGGUCGGACAAAGACACUGAAGUUUCAGUGCAUCUCAAAUGUUAUUAUAGUAAAAAUCUUCUUCGUCAGCGUUGUUUAACAAUUAUAAUUCCCAUUAUUAUCGCUGUUGGUAGCACUAUUAUUAUACCUGCAACUACGAUUUUUGCUUCAGUUACGAUAACUCAUUAUGCUUUUUUCUUUUAUAAGUGUUUCUCUGCUGUUUUCCUUUACUUUGAGCAGUGACAGUGAAUCAUUGUAGGGCCACUUUAGGCCAUGAUCAUAUAGGAAUAUUUUUUUCUCAAUUCAAUUAUAAAGCUUAGAUGUGACUAUUGCUAGUAACAGAAGAUCAACAGGGUGCAUUCUGGUUGCUAUGCAACAUAAAGUUUAACAACUUUGAAGCUUUGUUAAAAAGUGUUAGCUCGCUAACUUGGAGUAACAAAGUGGGAAACAUGAAUGGGAACAGAAACGGGCAGAGCACCCACACAUGUAUCAUCUUGUCAAAAGGGCCGGCUCCGACAUGUUCAACCUGGAGUUUGGGGCAGCUUCACCAAUUCUGAGGGGACAUCCUGCUACCAUCAGAGCUUAUUCACUGGAAAAUAACUGAGAAAAGGUGCAGAUGUGUACAAAUGAGAAUGUUAUGGGAUCAGAGUUUGGGAAACCUUUUCCUUUGCCCUUGUCAGUUUCGACCAUUCCCCAUCAAAAGGUCAUCGUCAUUUCAGAUGUCAGCCUCUCCUGCUACAGAGUUUAACAGCUAACAUGUGGAUUGUAACUGUUACUUGUAGUUGUACUAUCAGGGCUGACAAACGCAGCUACGUCCUGACGGCACCUCCAGCGGACCAACAGUUAAUAUAAACUCCAGCAAGGAGGGGGCUGGCAGGCCGGAGGACUUCAUUGACAAACACACCGGGUAUUUACAGGAGGAUGAUGGUGUCCACUUAGAGAGAAUCAAGUUGAUUUUCCCUCCCAUCUCACUACCUGACCCCCCAUCCACCUAGUUACCUUUGGUUAUCCGGUAUGCACAAACUGAACCCGUUUUACCCAGCAGCUCAUCUUGGCAUCACGCGUUCUUUAAGAGAGUGAAAAAUAACUCAAAAUCUGAAGGCGGAAGCACAUUUUAUGCAUCCAAACCACAGAUUCUGUACCUAGAAACUUAGAAAUCUAAGUUCCUUUUCUUGUUAUAUUUGGGUUUUUAGAUUGUUUUCUGAUUGUUGAACCCCCUCCCAACCCACCCAACCUUUACUGCUUCUUUUUUUUGUCAUUUGUUUGUUUUGCGGCGUCUCCUCAUGAAAUGGUGGCAUACCUGAGAGGUAUUAGUCCCCGGAGACGAUAAUAAUCACCAUAGCUAAAAAACUGAAACUAUUGAAAUAUCUGUAUGGAUUAUGUAUAGAUACCUAGCUUCAGAGGGA